AUGGUGUUCGCGCUAAUUCAUCCCUUCUUCCCCCUCUCCCCUCUCCUCCUCGCCCUCUCCCUUUCUGCCCCCUCCCCCACUCACCUCCUCCCUCCCCGCCCCUCCUCCCCAUGCAGUCGGCGCCCCCCUGGUACCCCCCUGGUGACCUUAACCGCCCUGCUGCUCACAGGACUUCUCUCCUGCUUCUCCCUCCUCUUCCCCCAACCCCCCUUCCCCCACCCUCUCCCCCGGUGCAGUCGGCACCAUCUUUGGCACCAAGGUGGCCUUUACCGCACUGCCACUCACAGGUCUUCCGUUUCUCCUUCUCCCGCCCCUCCCCCCUCUCUUCUCUUCUCUCCUCUCCUCCCCUUCCCUUCCCUCUCCCCACAUGCAGUCGGCACCAUCCUAGGCACGCUGGUGGCCUUUGCUGCACUGCCCCUUUCCUCCCUCUCCCCUCCCUUCCCACUUACCCCCUCUUUCCCCUCUUCUCGCCACCCCCCCCUUCACCGUUUCUCCCCACGUGCAGUCGGCACCAUCUUUCGAACCCUGGUGGUCUUUGCCGCUCUGCCGCUCCUCGGAACCAUCUUUGGUACCCUUGUGGCCUUUGCCGCCCUGCCACUCCGGUCGCUGGGCGGCGACGGUUGGAAGAUAGCGGCUGCACUGAUGGGCCGGCACAUAGGGGGAGCCGUGAAUUACGUGGCAGUGACAGCGGCAUUGCAGGCAUCACCAUUGGUAAUGACGGCAGCUCUGGCCGCCGCCAGCCUGCUGUGUGCGCUGCACUCGCACCCCAUCCCUAUCCCCCUCUUUCCCACUUCUCCAUUUCCCCGCUUCUCCAAUUUCCCACUUCCCCACGUCCUCCCCCCCACUUCCCCUCUCCCUUUUUUUCCACCCACCCCUCCCAGCUGUCAACUACGUAGAAGAGACAGACAGAGGCGCUACAGGCAUCACCGUGCUGUGAACUACGUGGCAGUAACAGAAGCACUGCAGGCAUCACCAUCGGUGGUGACGGCAGCUCUGGCAGCCGACAACCUGCUGUGCGCACUCCACUUCACGACCCUUUUCGCCAUCGCUGCUAGCAUACCUGCAGAAGGGGAGGGGAAGACGGAGAGCAGUGCUUCUGGCGCCGGUGAUGCUGCUGCUGCUGCUGCUGCUGCUGCUGAUGCUGCUGCUGCUGCUGCUGCUGCUGCUGACACACAAGCAUCAACCUCACAGGUAUGUGUCCUUAAGACAGACAGCAGCAGCUCUGGCAGCCGACAACCUGCUGUGUGUGCUCCACUCCACAACCCCCCUCGCCCUCGCUGCAAGCAUCCCGUGCUUGCUUGCAGCACAGUGCUCAUGCUGGCACUGCAAUCAAUCUCUCCCCCACUACACCCGUCUGUGUCCCCCACCCCCUCCAUCCAGCCUUCAUUUGAACCUUCAUUUGACGUGUCAGCAGCAGCCACCGCCCUCGCCCUCGCAGCCUCUCUCUGCUGGCUCGGCUCCUCUCUAGCAAAGAGACUAGCCUUCGUUGGAGGCACCAUCCCUUGUGUCACGGCGCUCGUGCUGGCCUUCGCUACAGUCACACCCAGCCUCGCCGCCCCUCUGGUUGUUCCCGGGGAAAAGAUGGCUGCGUUGAUGCUGCAGGUCUUCUUUGCUUCCAUAGGAGCCAACGGCAAUCUCUCUGCCAUCCUCUCAUAA